AUGAAGGCCUCCAUCGUCGCUGCUGCAGCGCUUGUCGCGUCUGUUGCAGCUUUUGAGCACAAGAACCACGCUGGGUUUCACAUGCGCCGCGGUGCAUACGAGCCCAAGGAUGAAGUCUGCACGGUCUACACGACUGUCUAUGUUCACGCCUUGCCCUCCAUCGUGCCCAACACCACCACCAUCUAUGAGCACUCUACUCCCGCCGCGGAGACAUCGACCUCGUGUACUGAGGGCGACAAGGCCAGCUCUAUCUACACCCCCAUCGUGAUCUCCACCAAAACGCCUGAGGCUUCCCAGCCAGCUUACCCCACCGUCCCGGUGGUCCCAGAGUCCUCCAAGCCGGCUGUUCCUGUUUCUUCCGCACCAGUGGUUCCUGCCUCCUCCGCACCAGUGGUUCCUGCCUCCUCCGCACCAGUAGUUUCUGCCUCUUCCGCACCAGUGGCUCCUGUCUCUUCCGCACCAGCGGUCCCCGAGUACCCUACCAAGCCAGCAGUUCCAAAGCCCUCAAAAGGGGUUUACCCUUCUGCGCCGAUUGCUGAGUCUUCCAAGCCUGCUCCUCAGCCUUCGAAGCCUGCCACCUCUGAAUACCCCACCAAGCCUGUCGACACCCCCAAACCUGCUCCCAGCAGCUCCAAGGCUGUCGACACACCCAAGCCUGCCCCUAGCAGCUCCAAGGCGGCUGACAAGCCUAAGCCUACUGGCAGCUACAGCUCCGGUGGCCGUAUUGUUACCAAUGGCGACAAGUGGGCUAUGACCUACACCCCUUAUGCCCCUGAUGGCAACUGUAAGACUGAGGCCGACAUCAAGUCCGACAUCAAGAUCAUCGCCGACCUCGGCUUCACCACCAUCCGCUCUUACAGCACCGACUGCGGUGUCUUCGAGUACGUCGUCCCUGCAUGCCAGGAGCACGGCCUGAAGAUCAUCUACGGCAUUUUCCUCGAGGCCGGCGGCAGCGGUGGCAAGGGUCCCUUCUCCCAGUACGCCAACGACCAGCUCGAUGACAUCAAGAACAAUGCGCCCAAGGACGGCGUCGCCAUGGUUAUUGUCGGAAACGAGUGCAUGUUCAACAACAACUGCGCCCCCGCUGAGCUCGCCUCGUACAUCGACCACGUCCGCGAGCAGCUCCAGGGCGCUGGCUUCCCCAAGGACAUUGCCAUCACCACCACUGAGCCCGUCGGCACCUGGGAGGAGAAGGGUGCCGCGCUGUGCGACCACAUCGACGUCUUUACCGUGCAGGUGCACCCUUACUUCACCGCAUCCAUCUCGCCCGAUAUGGCCGGUGAUUUUGCCGCACAGCAGCUCGAGCAGGCUGCCAAGGUCUGCCCCGAGGCUGCUGCCAAGGGCAAGUACAUUUCCGAGAUUGGCUGGCCCAGCGCGGGUAACAACAACGGCAAGGCGGUCGCCGGUGUUGCGGAGCAGAAGGAAGCUAUGAAGAAGAUCAUGGAGAAAGUUGGCGCUGAGGCGUGUCUGUUCAGCUUCAAAGACGACCCGUGGAAGCACCCUGGUGCGCUCGGCGUUGAGCAGCACUUUGGCUGUAUCGAUGCCUUGUCAUAG